AUGUUCGAGGAAGACAAGAACCUCAACCACAUCUUGCCAGGACACUCAUGCGUUCUUGUUGCGAUCGCCCGUGUCUGUGCGAUCUUGAGCCGCCUUCCGCAACUCCGAGACCUGGCUCUCCACCGUGUCAUGGUCAAGGACCCUCGCUGCCUCCAACUUCUUACGUCGACUCUUCUGAAGAAGACCACCUUGAGAAGACUGGAGCUCUAUGCUGAUAUGCGAAAGGACAACCUAGACUCUGGACUCGCGCUGUUCUUUGGUUCUUCACCGCUGAUCGAGAAGCUAAGGGUCGAAUUUGUUGACUACUUUGACGACUGUGAUACGGAGGACGACGACAAUGAUACACCAAUCGAAGAUCCUGGCGAUAAUAUUUCUGUGAAUGCGAUUCAGACUGUGGCGACAAGGGCACCAUCUUGCAGAACAAUGCCGUUGGUAAUCUCCGAGAGCUGA